AAACCAGAAGCGUGAAAAAAUAGAAAAGAAAAUUUGUGAUUAUGGGCCUCUCGAAAUCAGAAUGCAAGAUCCACCCAUCUCAGCACCAAAAUCAAGGGGUUUGCCCUUCAUGUCUAAGGGAAAGGUUGUCUAGUCUUUGUUCCACGCCUCUCAACGAAUCUACAAGACUCGCUCCUUAUUAUGCUUCCAACUCUGCAUCACCAGCCCCACGUCGUAUUUCGCAUCGGAGGAACGGUUCUGAAGUGAUGGGAGUCGCCAGAUCGUCUUCUUUCAUGGUGAAAGUUGGUGACAAUUAUGGCUUGAAGAAGAGUAGAUCGAUUGCUUUUGUUCCAAGAAAGGUCGAUGAUGAAGACGUUCAGAAUCGGAAGAAGAAGAAGAACAAGGAAAGAAAAGGGUUUUGGUCCAAGUUGCUUCGUUUGAAAGGGAAGAAGAUGGAUCUUGUGAUGCAGUCGACCAGUAUGAGAAUUUGAUUGAAACAGUUUAUAGGGGUUCAAUUUCAAUUUCAAUGAAUAUGAAACAAU